GGAAGAGGAGGAGCCUUCUUGCCCUUCCAAGGAAAUCAGAUCAAGAGCGCGCUUCACCUUUGCCGCAAAAUUCGCUUUUGGGGGUCCCACGCCGCCAGUGGGAGGGAGGUGAGUGCCCUGGAUCAGCAUUGGACCUACAGCAAAAUGGGAAGGGGGGGGGCGGUCCAGAUCUGUCAAUCAAGUCCACUCCUCUUCCACCCCCAUCGCCCGCUAAAAAGGUUCCUGAUUGCACCAUUGCAAAUUCAAAGUGUUGCGUUGCGCCGUUGGGAGAAAAAAGGUUCGUUCUGAGCCUGCUGGAGGAAGACCCAGGAGACGAGAUUUUAGUUUAUUUUUAACUGUUUCUUUGCAAAGGCAAGCAAGGCAGCCGCCUCCAGAUCUGGCCUUCCGCCGCACCAGACCAGCUGAUCUUGCAGUGGAGCAUGGCAAAAAAAAAAAAAAAAAAAAAAAGGUGCACCGUAGCCAAAUCAGGAAGCUUUCUCGCUUCGGCCUGGGUUUGCUUCUAAUAAAACUCCUAGCCAUUUAAUCAAGACAGAGCUGGAAUUGCCCGGGUCAUUCUGCAGGGUCACGGAGAGUCCUGGGAACUGUAGUUCCUUAAGGGUGCUGGCAAUUGCAGUUCUGGGAGGUCAGCACCUUUAACAAACUGCAGUUCCCAGGGUUCUUUGAGGGGAGGGGAGUCAUGGCUGUUAAAAGUGGCAUAUGACUGCUUAAAACCUGUGGUGUUGGUGUGACCUGAAUCAGGGCUGAGGAACAUGUGGCUUUACCUCGCUUGCUUUUGCUUUUUUAAAAACUGGCCUACAACUCCCAUAAUCCUUGACUGUUGCCUAAGGUGGCUGGGGCUGAUGGGAGAUGGAGUCCCAACAGCAUACAGAUGGCCACAGGUUCUCACCUCUGGCCUAGAUUAAAAAGAAUAGAAAUUUUGUAUGCUGGGUAGUAGAACAUUUGCUUUGCAUACAGAAGGUCCCAGGUUCUCUGCAAGUAGGGUUUGGAGAGGCCUUUCCUUUUGUGUGGUGUGUCGAAACCUCUCACUUUUUGCACAACUGCAAUUAGGAACGUGGGGGGAAAUUUGACUCGGCAUGCAUUUCAAUGGGAACCUACCUAAUUUGCAGUUACAGUGAACUGAAACAGCCCUCUGCAGCCAAUGAAUGUGUCCGCUAGGGGAGAGUGUACAUAUAAACAAAUAUAUUAGUGAAAGUAGCGUACCAAAAAUGCAUAAAAUUAGGGGAAAUUGCAUAUGAACUUGUGUACCUUAGGGGAAAUUUACAAAAAAAAACCAAACCUGCCAAUUUUUCAUCUUUUAAAAAAAGAAUUGCAAACUCAUAAGGAAAUGUGUAGAAAUGAACUAUAGUUUGCAAGAAGGAGAAACUGAGAGUCACAUCCAUCGUUCUGCCCAAGGUUGCAUUCACCACCCAGGCAUGGCUGACAGAAGCUGCCCCAUGAGAGAAUGACACCCUUGGUUUGGAAAAUGUUCCUUAGUCCUAGUCUGUAUUCUGAUUACUAUCAAAUGCCACACCAUACAUUCAAAGCAGUAUCAUACCAUUUUAAACAGUCACUGGCUUCUCCCAAAGAAUCCUGGGAACUGUAGUUUGCAAAGGGUGGAUUAGAGACUCCUCUUCCCCUUGCUGAGCUACAGUUCCCAGAGUUCCCUGGGAAGAGGGGUUGGUUGUUAAACCACCGUUGCUGCGAAUUGCAAGUGGGGAGAGUGUUGUUGCGCUCAGGUCCUGCUUGCAGGCUUCCCAUUGGGACCUCCGGUUGGCCACUGGGAGAGCAGGAUUCUGGACAGGACAAGCCUCUAGUCUGAUCCAGGAGGGCUCUUCUUACGCUCUUAGUCACCCUAUUUUUCUCGGCUAGCUCAAAAAAACAAUUGGACCAAUUCAUGGGGUUAAGACUAUCAGUGACUACUAACUACGGUGACUUUCUCCUACUUCCAUAGUCCGAGUACCAGAUUCUGGGAAUCGCAAGUUGGGAGAGUUGCUGUGACACUGAGGUCCUGCUUUCAGGAUUCGCACUUGGGGCAUCUGGUUGACUGCUGAGAGAACAGGAUGGUGGACUAGAUGGGCCUUUGUCCUAUCCAGCAAUCAGACUCUUCUUGGACAGUUAUGAUAAACUGCUAUGAACAUGGAGAAGACUCCAGACAUCCUAUAUUUGUUUCAGUGGGUUGAGGUCUUACUUGAGUGCCAGGGAAAGCUUUGCGGGGCUCAAGGCCUCCCAUGGGCACCACCUUUGUGCAGAAUGGUACAUCCCAGCCAUGCAAACACGCAAACACCCCUCUCCAUCCAGGCCAGCAAGAGUCACAGUUCAAGAACAGGCAAAAGCUAGAAUGUGCAGGGCUAGUUAAGAACCUCAAAGGUGAUACAGAGAGGUUUGGGAAGCCACAUUAGGUCCUAAGAUUCCCUAUCCCUGGGAUUUUAUUCCACGGAAAAAUAUUCCAAGCAAUUCACCCACAAGGCUGCUCCAGUUGCUUUUGCUCACAUGAUGGUUGAAAAUCAGUAGUCCAGUGCUACUCACACACUUCCUUGUUUGAUCAAUCUGACGUGGAAGCGGUUAAGCAAAUUAUCAGCUUCCCCUCCCCUCAAAUAGUCUGGGUUUAUUUGCAUGACAACUGGGCACAGAUAAAGAAAUAUUGUUGGAACAGCUAGGUGAAUUUUGUGCAAUUGGAUGGGUGUUGUGUAACUAGGGAGUUUUCUGGUGGGAGGAGGAAUGUGUUAGAAGCAUUUCAAGCUGCUGAAUCUGCUCCAAGGAGAUGAAUGGAUCCAUCUCUGGUAUUGUGGUCUCGUCAGCAAAAGAAAAAUGCUCGCGCACACGCACACACACCAGGGCAUACUUUGCACAUUUGUAGAUAUUACAUUUGACACCACAAGCUCAGGUGUGGUUCAAAUCACUACUCUCCUCUUCGGCAAGUAAGAAUUGGCUUUGGGCAACCAAUCAGGGAAGCUUUUUGAGAGUUGACUCUUUCAAGCUGCAAGGGACUAGCUUAGGUGUACUGUGGACUAGAAUCUUGUACAGAGCUAUUUACAAGGCUGAUACAAAAUGAGAACACAAACUACAUAAUAAAAACUGUGUCUUUUAUAAAGGAACCCAAAUUAUUUCUUUAAAGCACUUUUGUGUGCCUCUUUAAAACCCUUGUGUACCUUAACCAGCUCAGGACCACAAAACCAGCUCAGACCCUGCAAGCAUCACCUGAAACCCAUUUUCAUGUGCCUCCUCCAUGAGAGGUCCAGGGGGCGGCAACACGAGAACGGGCCUUUUCUGCAGUGGAAUGCUCUCCCCAAGGAGUCUCCCCUGACACCUUCAUUACAAAUCUUUAGGCACCAGGCAAAAGCAUUCCUUUUCUCCUAGGUCUUUGGCUAAUUAAACAGUCUAUGGUAUUUUAAACUGUGGGGGGUAUUGUUUUUGUACAAACAAAUUGCAGUGUAAUUAAUUAAUUAAUUAAUCAAAUCAAUCAAUCCCAUGCACCCUGAGAGGGACAGAUGUUAGCCAUGGUGAAUAUAAAACAGGGUGGUGUAAGGAGAGAGGAAUGUAUGCAUUACUAUUCCCGCCGCCCCCCCCCCCGUCCAGAAUAGGAGGGGUCUAGUUUAACCAGGAAAAGUUGCUUAUCUCUGUAGUCUUUUGUUUACCUUACAGCUGAACACAGCAGCCAGACUGGUUUUGCAGAUUCUUUCUCACAAGUUUAGAAGACAUAAAGGCAGCAGAACUAGAAAGAAGCUGGUUCCUCUGCAGGUGAUUUAUUCCACGGCUUAGGUAAGUCUAUAUGGCAAGAUCAGCAAAAGGCAAUAAAUUGGAUUGGCAUUUGUUUAGAAGGUAGGGGAGGAUGAGCACAGCUAGUUGUAGGUCUUCUGGUCCUAAACCAGCAUUCACCAAACUGGUGCCCUCCAGAGGUUUUGGACUAGAACUCCCAUUAGCCCCUGCUAUUGGGCUGAUGGGAAUUGUAGUGCAUAACAUCUGGCAGGCCCUGGAUUGUUAUAGGUAAAAGGUAAAGGACCCCUGGAUGGUUAAAUCCAGUCAAAGGUGAUUAUGGAGUACAGUGCUCAUCUUGCUUUCAGGCCAAGGGAGCCAGCGUUUGUCCACAGACUGCUUUCCAGGUCAUGUGGCCAGCAUGACUAAACCGCUUCUGGCGCAAUGGAACACCAUGACAAAAACCAAAGCACACAGAAACGCCAUUUACCUUCCUGUCACAGCAGUACCUAUUUAUCUACUUGCACUGGUGUGCUUUCAAACUGCUAGGUUGGCAGAAGCUGGAACAGAGCAAUGGGAGCUCAACUCAUUGCAUGGAUUCAAACCACCAACCUUCUGAUCAGCAAGCCCAAGAGGCUUAGCGGUUUAGACCACAGCACCACCCACGUUCCAUACCUUACCUGGGUUGUUAUAUACUGCUACCAAAAAGGGUAAAGGAGCUCACCCCACUUCCCUAAGUUGUAGGAUAUUUCAGUGUGCCCUGAUUAGGGGGAUCUGAUUCCUUGUAAUGAGGUUGAAUUGGGGUCGUAAGGGUGCUUUUGUAAUAACUAGUUUUAUUUAUAGAUAUAUUUGUUUUUAAAAUCUUAAAAUUGCGGCUUACAAAGCCAUAAUACAUGUUGAGGUAUUACUGAGAGCUGAAUGGAAAAUGUGCAUUAAAAAAACCCCCAACAUAUCAAGAGGAUGAUACAUUAUUAGGUUUGUUUGCAAAACUAAUCCUACCCAGAGUAAACACAUUGAAAAAAAUUCCUCACACCAGAGCCAGUGUGGUGUAGUGGUUAGAGUAUUGGAACUAGAACCUUGGAGACCAGAGUUCAAAUCCCCCAAUCAACUGUAGAGCUCACUGGGUCACCUUGAGCCCAUCACUGCUUCUCAACUUAAACUACCUUGCAGGGUUGUUUGUGGGGGGUUAAAUGAGGAGGGGGAGAACCAUGUAUGCCCCCGUGGAAUAUCAAUGCAAGGAAACAAUCACUUAUGUCCAUUAAUGUCAGUGAGUCCACUCUGAAUAGGACUGAGUUGGUUACUACAAUCCUUAAAGUUUAAUUUUAUAUUGAUAGCCCAGUUGGUUUGAGCGUGAUGCUGAUAAUGCCAAGAUUGCAGGUUUGAUCCCCAGACGGGACAGCUGCGUAUCCCUGCAUCGCAGGGGUUGGACUAGAAGAUCCUCAGGGUCCCUUCCGAUUCUAUGAAUGGGCAUGGACAGUUAUUUUUUAACUGAUUGUAUGUAUGUAUUUCGGGGGUGACAUUAGGCAAACUUGUUUUAACUUCUGACUUUUACUGAUAACUUUCAUUUUAUGUAAACCGCUUAGAGGUUUUUUAUGAUCAAGUGGCAUGCAAAUUUCUGUUAGGUAAAUGAAAGGAAAUGAUCAUAGCUUUUAAAACUUUCCUUCCAGCUCUCUGUGUUUCCCAAGAUGCUUUUCAGAGCCAUCUUCGCCCUCCACUUCCUCUGGGGAGUCCUCCCUUCUGAGCCCAGAGAGUCCCGUGGCCACAUCUCUGUGGUCCUCCUGGGUGCCACAGGAGACCUUGCCAAUAAGUACUUGUGGCAAGGACUCUUCCAGCUGUACCUGGACGAGGUGAGCCACGGGCAUAGCUUCACAUUCCAUGGGGCCGCUCAGACAGAGCCUGAGCGAGGGCGGAGGCUGGUCUUUGAACGGCUGAAGAGGCUGGCCUGUCCCUCAGACGUACCCCCAAACAGGUGUGCUGUGUUGAAGGACCAGUUCAUCAAACUGACAGAUUAUCACCAGCUCAAGACAGCAGAGGACUACGCCACCCUAAACCGGCAGAUUACGACCACGCUCAGCCAGGAAGGCAUGCAAGAAGCAGGCAGGAUAUUUUACUUCUCCGUGCCGCCGUUUGCCUACGCAGAGAUUGCCCGCCACAUCAACAGCAGCUGCAGACCGCCACCAGGGCUGUGGCUACGGGUGGUGCUGGAGAAGCCUUUUGGCCAUGAUCUCAGGUCAGCCCAGGAGUUGGCUGAUGAGCUAAGGACUUUCUUCCGGGAAGAGGAGAUAUACAGGGUGGACCACUACCUUGGCAAACAGGUGAGUCUCCUUGUGAAAACUGGAGGGGAUAUAACCUGGUAAACAUGGGAAGCUGCUGGUAAACAUAGUAAGUAAACAUGAGUCAAGCCAAUGGCUUGGUCCAUCUAGAUCAAUGCUGCCUACACAGACUGGCAGCAGUCUGUGUAGGCAUUAUUGGACAGGGUUUGGACAGGGUUCUCUCCCAGCCCUACCUGGAAACACUUGGAAUAGAACCUGGGACCUUCUGUGUGCAAGGCAGAUGCCCUACCACUGAGCUACAGCUCUUCCCGUAAGGUAUAGGAACAUAGGAAGCUGCCUUAUCGCAAAUUAGACUAUCUAGCUCAGUAUUGGCCACACUGACUGGGAGCAGCUUUCCAGGAUUUCAGAUGGGGACAUUCUCAGCCUUACCUGGAGAUGCCAGGGGUUGAAUCUUAGACCUUCUACUUGCAAAGUAGACAUUCUAAAACAGGCUUUCUUAACUUCGUCUUCUGGAAAACAUGCCCAGGGUGGUUGGGUCAGGUGAGCAGAGGCUGGCAACAUCCCCCCUGGAAAAAAGCAAGACUGAAUCAACAUGUGCAAUAGCACAAAGUGGUCAAAUUCCUCAAAAGUACUGGAUUUGUAAAUAAAACAAUAAAGCAGGGGUAGCGAAUGUGGUGCCCUCCAUAUGUCAUUGUACUCCCAUCAUGCUUGACCUUUGGCAUCGCUGGUCAGGGCUGAUGGGAGUUGGAGUCCAACACCCGGAGAGCCACAAAUUCCCCAUCCCCUGGGCUAAGGUGGGCUUCAGUUCCAUGCAUCCGUGGCUACUAACCCUGACCUCCACUGUUGGGUGCAGGUUGCCCCUGAAUGCCAGUUGCUAGGAAUACAAAUGGGGAGUGUGUUUACUUAUGGAUAGGGCUUCCCAUAGGCAACUGUUUGCUCACCGAGAGAACAGGAUGCUGGACUUGUUGUGCCUCUGAAUACCAGCUGUUGGAAAUGACCAGUGCUGUCACACUCAGCUCCUGCUUGUGGGCUUUUGGGGGGGCAUCUGGUUGGAAUAGGAUGCUGAGCUGGAUGGGUCGUUGGCCUGAUCCCACAGGGCUCAAUGUUGCAAGAUGUAGUGAUGGCUACCAACCUGGAUGAAACAAAUUCCUGAAGAAUAGGGCUCUCCAUAGCCAUGUCCUCCCUCCACUGCCAGGGGCAGCAAUGCUUCUGAAUGCCGGUUCUGGGAAUCUCAGGUGGGGAAAGUGCUCUGGUACUCAGGUCCUGCUUGAGGGCUUCACCUAGAGGCACCUGGCUGGCCACUGUGAGAACAGGAUGCUGGACUGCAUGGGACACUGGCCUCACCUAGCAGGGCUCUUCUUAUGUUCUUAUGAAAUAAAGCUGUAGACCAGUGCUCCGAAUGUGUGUGGUGGAAUUACCUGGGGGGUUCUAAGAGGCAAAAGGGAAGCAGUGAGGCACUGGAGGUGUAAAUGACUCUCAGACUUUGAAAAGCUGGUGCCAUUUGUUUUGUUGAAUUAACUAAACGAAAUAGUUUUACCUGGAUUUUGGGCAAAUGUGCAAUUAAUCGUUGCUGUUUUGAAUUUUAUUACGCCAUUAUCUUCCUUAGAGGGUUGCGCAAACUGCUAUGCUGAAUAUUGUUUUUUAUAAAGUAGGGUAGGGGGCACUGGAGAUUAGUUUUUAUUUUAACUCCCCAAGGGGGAGGUCGCCUGAAAAAGUUUGCUGCUGUUGACGAAGGCGUUUCCCCACCCAAGUAAUAAUGGCCCGUUAUUUUAUUAGCUCCCACCACUGCUGUAAACUGGCCACACCAGCAAAGCUGUAUCCACCUGACUUCCCAACCAAGGUCAGAAACCUCAAUUUCGCUGAGUCAUCAACCCCCGCCAACCGCCCUCCACACUCUCGCUAACGGAGAGUCAGCCAAGCGCCAGAUUUUCCAAACGAGGCUUUUAAUUUGAUAAGGAAUGUGGAGCACGCACAAUUCUCCUUUACGUUUGCUUGUUUGUUUUUUGAUCAGGCAGCUUUACAAGGGGGCAAAGUCUUUAGCUCCAAGGCAGUAACAAAAUGGGCGGUGGGAGGGGGGAUAUGUCACUGUGGCGCCAGUGAGGGAUGAGGGUUUUUUAUUCCUUGGUUCAGGAAGCAGAUUCUGGAUAGUGGUAAUCAGGUAUUUGUUAUUGUUACGCAGGCUAGUAUUAAUGCAGUUAAACCCCUAAAUUUGAAACGUGGUAUCAGCAUUUUUCUAAUUUUAUUCCCAAUUAUAAAUUUUAUUUAUAUAUUUUUUUCCUGCAAGGACAUAGCCUUAUUCUGAGGCUGUGUUCAUACCAUAUAUCUAAAAAGUAUCAUACACACACACACCCCACAAAGAAUCUGUUAAUGGUUCUGAGAAUUAUAGUUCUGUGAGAGGUAAACUACAGUUCCCAUAAUUCUUUGAGGGGGUGGAAUGCGAUUUAAAUGUCUUGUGUGUAUGAAGCCCAAGUUUCACAUAAAGAUCAUUAAGGUGUAUCUUAACCUUUCACGUGUCAACCAUGUUCCACACAAACAGAUAAUACCACACAGGCCUUUUGUUUUGUUCUCCUAGCCAGCCAUCCAAACCAUAGGCCCACCUGGCAGUGGCUCCCUGGGGUUUCAGGCCACAGGUAUUCCCAUAAAUUGAAUGUAUGUCUGAAUGAAUAAUCCUCACAAAAGUAGUCCAUCUGUGUCUGGACUGGACUGCAGGUGGGGACUUUCCAGGCAAACAUACAGCAUUUUCCCUCAUAGCAGUCGCAUCUUUUGUGCCGAUUUUUCCUUUCCCAAAAAGGGGGUGUGCGACUGUUACGUGACCAGCACGUGGCAAAAUGCAGUAUUCUCUCCACACAGAUAUCUAACAUGUCGAGGAGAGCCAAGCUCCUGACAUGCUAGCUUUCUACAUGGGGGGAGGCUCCCCCCACCCCCACCUGCCUACAUCACUCUGUGGGAGCAUUUUUUUCAUGUAGCCCUCCAGUUGCAGUCUGAACUGGUAUAGUCCCAACACGGGUUGACUGCCUUUAUUUGAGGCCUCAUCCACACCAUACAUUUAAAGCACUAUUAUGCCACUUUAAACUGUCAUGGCUUCCCCACAAAGAAUCCUGGGAAUUGUGGCUUGUUAAUGGUGCUGAGAGGAGGCCUCUUUCCCCACAUCACGUAGCUACACUUCCCAGAAUGGUUUAACAACCAGUCCUUCUUCCUAGGAAACUGGGGAUUUUAGUUCUGUGAGGGGAAUUGGGGGGGGGUCUGCUUUCAGCACCUUAAAUACUACAAUUCCUAUGAUUCCCUGAGGGAAGCCAGGACUGUUUCCAAUAGCAUCUAUGGAGCCAAGGCCUCCAUCACUUGAGGAAGAAAUGCACCCUGGAUGUCUGAGAAGGGCCUUGAGGUGUCCAUUUUGAAAGGCCCUGAGGCCAUGUGCUGUGCUUUCGGUUUUCAAGAAAGAGAUAUCCCCCUGCUUAAAAAGAAACCCUCCAACCACAGCCAUACAGUGGUACCUCAGGUUACAUACGCUUCAGGUUAUGCUUCAGGUUACAUACGCUUCAGGUUACCCAGAAAUAUUACCUCAGGUUAAGAACUUUGCUUCAGGAUGAGAACAGAAAUCGUUCUCCGACGGCGCGGCAGCAGGAGGCCCCAUUAGCUUCAGGUUAAGAACAGUUUCAGGUUUAGAACGGACCUCCAGAACGAAUUAAGUUCUUAACCUGAGGUUCCACUGUAUUGCAUUGGUAAUGUGAAUAUUGGCCUUUGAAUAUUUACCUCAGCAACUCCAAUCCCCCUGGGGAGGCAGGGGGUUAGAUCUUCACAGCAUCUGUCUGAUUCAGCCACUUUUGAGUCCACAGGGAAUUCAAAAGUGUGUGGUGUGUGUACAUUUUUAUUUAUUUUUUGCAGGUAAAGGCUUUUUCAGAUGAAACCUUCAGAGUUUUGUCCGUUUGCCAAUUUUCUCUCUCCCCCCCCCCACUAAAUUCCAGCACCUUGAUUUCCUCUCCCCCUCAAAAUCCGAAUUAAAUGUUAGGUAAAGUUAUAUAAUAUUGGAAGGGUCGUGACUUAAAAUCUCUACCAGCAUUCUUCCCACCAGAGUAAAAAUAAAAUAUAAAUACAGCUUUGAAUUAAUUUUGGGUGUUUUUUGGGCGGGUCAGUACCUCUCCAACCCCCAAAAAUAAAAUAUUUCAGUUCAACCAAUGUUUGGCUAUGGGAGGGCAACAGUGCAUUAAAAUGUUAACUUGUUUUUUGUUGGUUGACUAAAUAUUAGGACCCCACCCCAUGCUGAAUCAGAUAUUAAGGGGCAACACACACACGUGUGAGGAAAUAUGUUUGGGUAUUUUUAGCUUAGAAAAAUUGUUAAGGACACAGUAGAGGUUUAUAAGAAUGUAAGAUGCAAAAAAUGGUGCCUGGUGCAGAGAAAAUGGAGAGAGAGGUUUUUCUCCUCCUCUCUCUCAUCGUCCUAUAAUUUGGGGCCAUCCAGUGAAGGUGAAUUUUGGGAUAUUCAAGGAAAAAAGGACUUUCUUCAUGCUGCGCAUCGUUUAAACUAUUAUUUGAAAUUAUUAUGUAUUCAUUUUAUUCUUUGCGUUUAUAUCUCACCUUUUCCUCCCAAGGAGCUCAAGGUGAUGUACAUGGCUCUCCCCUGCUACUCAUUUAGUCCUUACACCAACCCUGUGAGGUAGGCUGAGAGGCAGUGACUGGCCCAAGGUCACACCCAGUGGCCAAGUGUGAGGAUUUGAACCCUGGUCCUAGUCUGACACUCUUAACUACUAAACCACACUGGCUCUCGGUGUGGAAUUUCCCGUGGUGUGGAAUUUCCCAUCAUCUCCGUAAUUGUCGCAGUAAUUUAUUUAUAUUCUGUGCCAAGUCCCCAGAAGCAAUUAAACAUUUAUCCCUCUGCUUUUGAUUUUUUAAAAAAAAUCUCUUCUGUCUUCCCCUGCCUUUUCUACCCUUUCAUCUCAAUUAUUUCCUCCCCAAAGGCUGUGGCUCACAUCUUACCAUUCCGAGACCAGAACCGACACCAUUUGGAUCCGAUCUGGAACCGGCAUCACGUUGAAAGGGUGGAAAUUGUCCUGAAGGAGACAGUGGAUGUGAAGAGUACGUGAGUCUUGAUUUGAAGUCCGCUAGAGGGCUAGCUCGAGAACAUUUGAAUAAAACAGGCCCCUCUCUGAAUCCUGGGAACUAUAGUUUGCCCACAACAAAGCUACAGUUCCCAAUACCUUCAUCAAACUAAAGUUCCCAGAAUCCUUUGGCAGAAGCCGUGUACCUUAAAUGUGUUGUGUGGGGGCACUUUUAUACCACUUUUCAUGGCUUCUCCCAAAGAAUCCUGUGAACUGCAAUUUGUUCAAGAUUCUAGGAAUUGUUAGGAGACCCCUCACAGAGCUACAGUUCCCAGCACCCUUAAAAAAACCAAAACCCUAAAGUUGCCAGGAUGCUUUGGCGCUUUAAAUAUCUGAUGCAGAUAUGGCCGUGGGAAAGGGGACCCUUUGCAGAUCUGGAAUGUGUCUUCUUCUUUUUGAAAAAAAAAGAUUUUUAUUAAUAAUUUCAAUAUAACAAAUCAUCAUAACAUAUCAUCUUCAUCAUUCCCCCCAUUUCCCCCUUCAAAUAUUUAGGGAUAUGGUUAACAUCAAGAAACAAAAAUAUCUACAAAGAUAAUUAUGAAAAAGUGUGGUUUAAGAUAAAAAGAAAUUUAGAAAUAUGGAGCAGAAUGAAUCCCUCCUUGCUAGGAAAAAUAGCAGCGGUAAAAAUGAAUGUUUUGCCAAAAAUGCUAUUUCUUUUCCAGUCAGUCCCAGUAAUGGUGAAAGAUGAUUGCCUCAAAAGAUGGCAGAAGGAAAUUUCUAAGUUUAUCGGGGGGGGGGGGAGGCCAAGAAUAAAGCACAAGAUACUCACAGACACAAAAGAAGUACCACUGUAUUUUGAAUUACCUGAUAUCAACGCAAGACAGUGGUUUCAUCCCCACAGCAACCCUGUGAGGUCAGCUAGUCUGAGAGACUGUGAGGGGCCCAAGGUCACCCAGUGAGUUUCACUGCAGGAUUUCAACCCUCAUGUCCCAGGUCCUAGUGCAGCGCUCUAACCACUAUGGAAAACUGGCUCUCACGUGGGAAUUGCCUUGAGACAGUGGGGGUUUAGGGGGAAAUUAAUACAUGGGUGGUCUGAUAAAUAAUAAUAAUAAUUGUGUUCAUGCCCAAUGCACAAGUCGCCGGAGUCAGUAUAAUGCGGUUUUCCCUGAGCUGCAAAUCCUCAUUGAAUGAAGCCCCCUCCCCACCUUCCAUUCUAGUAUUAUUGAGGAGUGGGGAAGGCUGCAGGGCUUCCCCCAGCCUGGAAGCUGGCUGUGGUCCUGUUCCUUGCGACCCCAAUUCUCAGCUCCGUCAGGACAAGCCAGGCCUCACGUCCCCAUGAACUCAAGGACACAGCUGUGCUCAAUUUCCCUGCAGUGGCUGCUGCAUUACUUCCGCAGCGCCGGUUGCACCUGCCGCCUGCCUCCGUUCUGGGGACAGCCGCUUGGCCACCCUUCACUCCCUGCAGCGGGGGUGCCGUGCCAGUUAGCCAUUGCCUUAUUAAAAAAAUAUAUAUACUUGAGUGAUUUUUCUUUUCUUUUUAAAGUUGUUGUGGUUUGGCAAACUCCCGUUUGCUCCCUGCAUCCUGGUUGAGAGAAAAAAGGGGAUAGUCGCCAGCUGAGACCUACUCAGUAUGAACAGACCUGAGCAAGCCGUGGCAGUUGAUUUCAGUGGGUCUGCUCUUGAGUAGGUCUAGCAUUGGCUUUAACCCAAUGCCAUCAGGCUGUCUCCUUAUUUCUCUCCCCCUUGCAAGACUUCCAAGGGGUGAUCUUUCAUUUGCUGACAGCUCACUGCCACCAGCCCCCACCCCCAUCCCAAAUGCUCAAGUGAUGCCUGCAUUGCCCAGGUCCUGUGCCAAAAUGUGUGUGCAGCAUUGAUUACGUUAAUGAAUGUGGAAGAAGAUGGGGUGUUCUCAGUUCCAAAGUUUUUAAGAGGGUAGAGAGUCGCACUGUCAUCUGCAGAGAGAUCAUCUGCACCAAGGAGAAAUGAGGGAGGGGGUUCUCCUAGAGAUAAAUUGCCUUUCUUUCCUCCCACUUCUCUCCCCCACCCCCCAGCAUAUGCAUCACACCUGAUCUUCAGGUGUUGUUGUGUACACACCAUGGCUGGUUGCCCGCUCAGUUUUAAUCAGAGUAGACUCAUUGAAAUGAACAGCUAUGUCUGUUAACAUCAAUGGAUCUACUCUGCGUAAAGUUGAACGGCUCCUACUUCCUACAUUUGAAGCACAACCACACACUGAGUCCUGGGAGCCGUAGUUUAAAAAUGCUGGGAAUUGUAGCUCUGUAAUGGGUAAACUACAGUUCCCAGAAUUCUUUGGAGGAGGAGUUUUUUAAAGGGAUGCUUUAAAGGGAUGGUGCAUGUGUGCAGCCUAAGAUAUGAGCCAGCCAGGGCUGUUGAAAGGAAGGCCUGCAGCUAACCCUUUUCUGUAACCUCUCAAGGGCACUGCAGUAUGAGGCUGAGCAGGACCUCUCGCUCCUUCCAGCCAGUCUGACAUUUUAAUUUUAUUUCAAUUUAUUCUUGUUCCGUUUCAUUUCUGCUUGGCUCUUCCUCCCGAGGAGCUCAGUAGCAGCCCACGGGUGAACAGGGCUAUUGCCUGUGUUUUGCAAACAUGCACAGCAGAAGCUUAAAACUUCUUAGGUUCUCAGCUGGAGUAGGGAAAUUUUGGCUGCAUAAACAACAUAUAUUUCAAGAACGCCCCCCCUCCAAAGAGAAUCCUGGGAACUGUAGUUAGGUCCUCAGUGAGCUACAAUUCCCAACACCCUUUACAAUCUAUAGUUCCCAGGAUUAUUUUGAGGGGCGUGUGCUUUGAAUGUAUGGCAUGUCCACAGCCACUGUUAUAGUAACACAUUUAUGACUUAGUUGUUCUAAAACUAAGUUGUUCUAAAAAGGGAUUGGAUAAAUUCAUGGGGGAUGGGUUUGUGAACAUAGUGUAGUGGGUUGAAUGUUGGACUAAGACAUGGAAGAAUAGGGUUCGAAUCCCCACACAACCAUGAAACUCACUGGAUAAUAAUAAUAACAAUAACAAUAAUAAUAAUAUAGUCAUGAUGGCCAUGUUAAGAGGCAGCCAAUCUCCUAAAUUAUAGAUUAAAUGCUUUUGCAUUUAAUUCAUUUUUUAAAAAAUCUCUAUUCUUAGCUGCUCAGGAAACUUUUCUUGUUGGGCAGCAUAGAAAUAUUGGAAGGUAUUCAACUAAGUUUUACUCAGAGAAGACACACUGAAAUUAGUGGGCCUAACUUAGUCAUGCUUGUUGAGUUGAGUGGGGCUCCUCUGACCAAAACUUAGUUGAAAAUCACUCAAUGGAUUGUCUCCAAUGUUAGUCCUACUCUGAGUAGGCCCAUUGACAUUAGUGAGCAUGAUUAAUGGGCCUAUUAAUUUCUGUAGGUCUACAAACUAUUGCUGUUGUUAUUGUUAUAAAUCUCAUAUAUGAAUCGCUUCCACUGUGGCAUCUCAAUGCAAUUUAAAAUAUAACAGCAUGUGUACAUCAGUCACUUGUAUGAAAAGAGUUAACAAUUGUAUAUCUAAAAACAAUUAGCAAAGCAAUUAUAAAUACAAAAACAGUUUAAAACAGCAACACGUAAUAAAAUCAGUUCAAAUCCAAGACAGAUACCCACUGGGGUAAAGAUUUUUGAAGUCAUAGAUCCAUCUAGCUCAGUAUUGUCUACACCAGGCUUCCUCAACGUCGGCUCUCCAGAUGUUUUGAGACUACAAUUCCCAUCAUCCCUGACCACUGGUCCUGCUAGCUAGGGAUCAUGGGAGUUGUAGGCCAAAAACAUCUGGAGGGCCAAGGUUGAGGAAGCCUGGUCUACAUGGAGUAGUAUAAUCCGAGGCAUCAUUGUAUCCAAGGAGGGCCCAUUGAGUUGAGAUUCCUGCAUUGCAGGGGGUUGAACUACCUGGAGAUACCAGGGAUUGAACCUAGGACCUUCUGCAUGCAAAGCAGAAGUUCUGCCACUGAGCUACAGCCCUUCCCAUAAAUAAACCAGUGGGUUGCCAAGCUUCUCUCGCUAUUUGGGCAUCAUUUAUGUGUUGUUGUUGUUGUUGUUGUUAUUGUUGUUCCCACCCCCGGUGCUCAGAUCGCACUGGCUUCUACGAAAAAUACGGGGUCAUCCGCGACAUCCACCAGAACCACCUCACCGAGAUCUUAAUGUUCCUUGCCAUGGAGCUCCCAGCAAAUAUCAGCAGCUCCGAAGACGUCAUCCGGAGCAAGCUGCAGGCUUUCACGUCGCUCCAGAGCCCAGAGAUAACCAGCGCCGUCAUUGGCCAGUACGUGGCAUACAACAGCCACGUGAGGGAGGAGCUUCAGAAGGGGCAGGACUACUUCAGCAGGACUCCAACCUUCGCAGGUAAGUCCAGUGGGGGUAAGCAUGGCCAAGUGCAAAAGUCAGAAAAUACCUUCCCCGGGUGCAAAAAAGGACGGGGCUCUGGCACUUUUAAUAGCUGCUUGCCUGUUAAGCGGCACUUGGUGGAAUUCCCUGUUAAAGGUGCAUGAGCCCUUCUCCAUCCCCCCAGUAAUUUUUGUAUCUAAAAUAAAAGAUACAAAAAAUUAAUAUCAAUUAACAGCAACAACCCCACCCCCUAACAAAAGCCCCUGGGCCUAAGCUAUAUGCCAGUCCAAGAGUCUGUUCAGCAGCCUCAGCUUUUGUAGCUGGAGUCAGUCAGGCCAGUUGGGGAAAGCCCACUGAGUCAGGGAGCAGGUCUUCCAGGACUCACAACCAAGACAGUUGUGACGUAACAAUAAUAACAACACUUCUGCAUCUUUUGUUUCAGGUGUGCUGGUUCACUUGGACAACCUCCGCUGGGAAGGGGUCCCUUUCAUCCUCGCCUCCGGGAAAGUCCUGGAUGAACGGAUCAGCUAUGUACGCAUCCUCUUCAAGAACCGGGCCUACUGCACCCAGAACGAAACGAUGUGGGACCCCGAGAGCAGCCAGUGCAAGCCCAGGCAGAUCAUCUUCCACAUCGGGCAGGGAGAGCUGAACUCGCCCGCCAUCCUGGUCAGCCGCAAUCUCUUCAAGCCCACCAUGCCGGACAGCGGCUGGAAGGAAGUCCGCGACCGCCCCCAGCUGCGCAUCUUCGGACAGCCCCUCUCUGAUUACUACGUCUACAUCCCCGUAGCAGAGAGGGACGCCUACUCAGUCCUGAUCUCCAGGAUCUACUCUGGCAAGAAAGAGUCCUUCAUCACUGUGGAGAACCUGCUGGCAUCCUGGGCGUUUUGGACGCCACUGCUGGACGGGUUGUCUAUCCAGGUCCCACGUUUGUACCCAGGGGGGCGGGAGAACGAGCAGCUCCUGGAUUUUGAGAUGGUGGGCAGGGAAGUGUCCUUCGUGGCGAAAGAGACCAUUGAACUGAUGGACGCGAGGGACGAACAAACCCCGGACAAGUACAAGACGAUCCAGUCCAGGUUUCGGCAAAGCCAGCUGAUCACCGCUUGGUCGGAGGAACUGAUCAACCGGCUGGCAUCGGACAUCGAAGCGACGGCGGCAAGUGCUGUCCGGAGGUCCGGGGAGUUCCACAUGGCGCUCUCGGGAGGGUCGAGCCCCCUGGCUUUGUUCCGGCAGUUGGCUACGCGUCACUUCGGCUUCCCAUGGAGGCAGACCCACCUGUGGCUGGUGGAUGAGCGCUGCGUCCCUCUUACCGACCUGGAGUCCAAUUUCGGCACCCUGCAUGAACAGCUGCUCCGCCACGUCCGAGUCCCCUACUUCAACAUCCACCCCAUGCCGGUGCACCUCAACCGAAGGCUCUGCGUGGAAGAGGACAAGGGUCCCGAGCUGUACGCCAACGAGAUCGCCGCCCUGGUGACCAACUCCAGCUUCGACCUGGUGCUGCUGGGGGUGGGUGCCGACGGGCACACGGCCUCGCUCUUCCCGCACUCACCCGUGGGCCUCGAGGGGAGCCAGGGCGUGGUGUUCACCGAGAGCCCCGUCAAGCCGCACCAGCGCAUGACCCUCACCUUGCCGCUCAUCAACAAGGCCAAGCGGGUGUCGGUGCUGGUGAUGGGGAAGGGCAAGCAUGACAUUGUGACGGUAGUCAGCAGGGUGGGGCACGAACCCAAGAAAUGGCCCGUCUCCGGAGUCAGCCCCAGCUCUGGCCAGAUAGCAUGGUAUGUGGACUACGAGGCACUGCUUGGAUGAUGCCCCGGUAGUGCUGCCUUCACCACCUCCCCCUCGCCCUUUGCCUGUCUUGGCAUUCAGGAUAUCGGGCAGCUGUUGCAGCUGUCUUCAGGAAAAUUCUUCUGUCUGGUGGCAGGGAGUUCCACUGGCUGUUAAUGAGGCUGUAUUUUUAUUUUAUUUUUUAAAGAAAGAUCUGCAGACCAAGGCCUGUCUGAUAACCUGCUGCUUCUGACAACAGCUGGCCUUAUUUCACCAUUGGCCCGCAAACUUAAAAGCAGGAUGUGACAAGCCCUUCAGGUAUGUCCCUAAUGUGCUACACUGCCACCGUGCGCAGAGGAUCCAUUUAGACAUCAUGGCUCAUAGCCCUUGAUCAACCCAUUCUACCCUGUGGGAUUUGUCUAAUCCUGUUUUGUUUGGGAUUUUUAAAGCUGUCUGUGCUGAUGCCUGUUCCCACAUCUUGGGGCUGUGAGUUCCGUCGGUUAACGAUUGGGACCUGUGAGCUUAUGAGUGGUGGCUUUAAGAGCCGAGAUGUCCUCCUGGCUCUUUCUUCUGCCAUGCUCAAGUCUCUUCACUGCUGUGUGCCUCACUUUCCCCUCUCCUCUAGAGGAAAAGGAGGGGGGUCUUAUAAAUGAUCUGCCUCUCACAAAUGCCCUAAAAUAUCCACAGUGGAAAUCUUUGUUUAAAUAGCCCUUUGGAAAUUUGUAUGUUUUGGCUCCUGGUAAAUGGCUCCACGGUGCAUCUCUCCAUAUAUAGAUAUAAAUAUAUAAAAGAUAGUGUGUGUGUGUGUGUGUGUGCGCGCGCGCGCGUGUGCGCGCACACACACGUGCACAAAUACACACGCACUGUGCUGGUAUACAAACAUACCCACAACUCCUCUUCUGAAUAAUUCAUGCAAAGGGAGCCGAUAUGCAAAUUCAUGAACUUCUGCACAACCUGAGAUCUCACUUUGCACUGAGCAAAUUCAUGAACUUUUGCACAACCUGAGAUCUCACUUUGCACUGAGCAAGUCCUCCUGCAGAGUAUUAAAACACCAGCCGUCCCAAAAACCUUGUUUCCUCCUGUGAAAGCUGGAUUGCAGCCUGAUCCAGGGAGGAGGAAAGCUUUCCUACACCUGAUAAUUUCAGUGUCCUUAGGUGAGCCUAGCUCAAUGCUGCAUUGAGGUGCUAGCCUAGAGGAUUUUCUCAUCUUUGCAGGGUGGUGGAUGUCAAAGUCAGUUCCUAGCAUCGAAGCAGAAUGGCAAAAAGAGGAAAGACGACUAGAUUCUGCCACAAGGUGGUGCUGUUACAUGAGUUUUCCACUUUUUCUUGUUAAGAGUUUCUUUUAAACUAGGCUUAAAAAAAAUAGUGGCUUUCGAAGUCUCUUUUGUGUUCCUACUGAUUUUCCCAUAAAAUGUGGCAUAGGACUGCAUGAACGCAAAUCGCAGCCACACCAUACAUUCCUACAUUGCAGGGGUUGUACUAGAUGACCCUCAGAGUCCCCUCUAGCUCUGCAACUCUAUGAUUUACACAGCACACGGUCCCUCUAAAAUCCUGGGAAUGCUAGGUUACAUAUCAGAACUACAAUUCCCAGCACCUUUAACAAAUGGCAGUACCCAGGAUUUUUGAGGAGAAGCCAUGGAAUCAUAGAGUUGGAAGGGAUUCCAAGAGUCACGUAGCCCAAUGCCUUGCAAGGCAGGAAUCUCAACAUGUGGCCCCCAAUCCAAUCUGAAACCAUACCAGCUUUGCAAAUGUGCUGCAGUUUUAUUGCUGAACCACUAGGAAUUGUGCAUAAGAAAUGUGGUGUGGAUGCGACCUGAAAUUCAUUGCCUAGAGCUGGAGGGGGGGACGGGACCUGUGCCCUCUCCCAUUGUUGGGAAUACAUCUCCCAUCAUUGGCUGUUUUUAGAGUACGUAAAAGCAACCACUGUCCACUCUCAGUGGAGCCCGUGUUCCCUCCCUUUCUUCAGGAGUCUGGUUGAAAAAGAGGCAGACUCAGAGCAGCAGCUCAUACAGAGAUGCGACAGGCAGCCCCCCUUGUAGGCCCCUCUCUGUGGUGGCAGUGAUGGGAUAAAGCAAUUCCACCAUGGCACGUGUACCUACCUACACAGGCUGGCCUUUUUCCUCUCCCCCAGAGCAGUAUAUCAUACAGAGAUGCAGCAGGAAACCUCCUCUGAAGCCACCUGCUCUGGGAUUUUUCUUUGAUUAAUUCAGUUUUUCCACAUCAAAGUUUGGGAAUUACUGCUUUAGUAUAAGAGAUGUGUCUUCUAUAAAUACUAUCAAACUCUGUGGGGAUUUGAACAGAGGCUCUUCAGAUUUCCUGCAGCAAGCCAGCUGCGGCUUUGACUACUACUGCUGUAUUUAAAUAUUUACGGGGUAGGAAUGCCCUCUACAAUUGCUUAAAUGACACAAUUUUUACUACGUCUCAUUUUAAAAGUUGUUUUUGUAAGUGAACACUGGAAAUAAAACUUUUUAAAUUUUAUAAAUGAUUUUUUUUUUUUAAGAAAUAAAAGUCUCACCCUUGCAAUAAGUAG